UGAACGCUGCUCACACCAAGUCCUGGGAUGGCAAGCUCUGAGCACUUGGACACAGUUGUGUCCUGUCCCAGGCAGACUGCAAGGAAUGGACCCUCCGCCACUACAUGCGGUGGUGGAGCCACCCCAAAGGCACUGGCCUUCUCCAUCGAAAGAAUCAUGGCUAAAAACUCAGAGCCCAGGAGCCCCAUAGAGCAAAGACAAAGCUUGGAGAAAGCAGAAGGCAAAAAGGCUGGGAAACUCUGCUCUCCCGUCCCGUGCAUGCUUCCAAUCCAGUCUUUUCCCUACGACUUGCAAGCUAAAGCUCUCCUGAACUAUUCGGAAGUAUGGAAGACUAAUCUGAGGGGGUCCCUGUGUACUUCUGCGGCUAUGUGUAAAUCAAACUGUGGGAUGUGCUGCAAAGACUUAACUUUAGGCCAUUCUAUGACGGCUACAGGCAGACUGAUCAAACCCCAAGUCAUAAACCAAACGCUGGCCAUGCCCGCCAACGGCUCCCUUUAUUAUUUCAACUAUCUGGACACGACCUACCACCCUUCAGAAUUGCUUCAUGGACACCACAUCUUCCCCUCUCACAUCCUGGGCUCCCAACCACCAGCCUCGCUCUCUGCUCACCAGAAACUACUUUUGUUGGAAAACGCUAAAUUUGCAAGUUUGGCUGCCGAGAAAUACCCAAGUCCGCAGUUUCCUCACAAAGAACGCAUCCCGGGACAGCUGGACCAAGUGAUCAAAGAGAACAGCGGCUUCCCAGUCGAGAAGAAUGUAGUGAAAGGCCAUCAGAAACUCAGCAACACUCAGAGUGACGGCAAACCCAAAAACUUCACCUGCGAAGUUUGCGGAAAGGUUUUUAAUGCACAUUAUAAUUUAACCCGCCAUAUGCCAGUGCACACCGGGGCCAGGCCGUUUGUGUGUAAGGUUUGUGGGAAAGGAUUUCGACAGGCUAGCACACUCUGCAGACACAAAAUAAUCCACACUCAGGAGAAACCUCACAAAUGUAACCAGUGCGGGAAAGCUUUUAACAGAAGCUCCACUCUGAACACUCACAUCCGGAUUCACGCCGGCUACAAACCCUUUGUUUGCGAGUUCUGUGGCAAAGGCUUUCACCAAAAAGGAAACUACAAGAAUCAUAAACUGACGCACAGUGGAGAAAAACAAUUUAAAUGUAAUAUCUGCAAUAAAGCCUUCCAUCAGAUCUAUAAUUUAACGUUUCAUAUGCACACUCACAACGACAAAAAGCCCUUUACCUGCGCCACUUGCGGGAAAGGAUUUUGCAGGAACUUUGACUUGAAGAAACACAUAAGAAAAUUACACGACAGUACGGCCCCGCCAAGUGAACCCCCAUCAAGGGGCGGCCAAAGUUAGUCACCAACUUCUAUCCUUUUUUUUG